CCAGCUUCAAAAUGAGAGGCGAGAUUUGUCACAUCCACAUCGGCCAGGCUGGUACCCAGUUGGGUAACAGUGCUUGGGAGCUGUAUCUUCUGGAGCAUGGUCUUACCCCAGAGGGCCGUGUUGAUCCGGAAAAGGGCGAGGACGUCAACCAGGGCGGUUCCUUCGAGACGUUCUUCACGGAGACCGGUAAUGGCAAAUAUGUUCCCCGCUCUAUCUUCGUCGAUCUCGACCCAUCCCCCAUUGAUGAGAUCCGUACCGGAACUUACCGUCAGCUCUUCCAUCCGGAGAUGCUGAUCAGCGGAAAAGAGGAUGCCGCCAACAACUACGCUCGUGGCCAUUACACCAUCGGAAAGGAGCUGGUUGACCAUGCUGUGGACCGUAUUCGUCGUGUUGUCGACAACUGCAACUCUCUCCAGGGCUUCCUCGUCUUCCACUCGUUCGGUGGUGGUACCGGCUCUGGUUUCGGUGCCCUUCUGCUGGAGCGUCUGUCCACCGACUACGGCAAGAAGUCUAAGCUCGAGUUCUCGGUCUACCCCUCUCCCCGUGUGUCGACCGCCGUGGUCGAGCCCUAUAACGCCGUUCUGUCCACUCACAGCACCAUCGAAAACUCUGAUUGUACCUUCCUAGUCGAUAACGAGGCCGUUUACGAUAUUUGCCGUCGCAACCUGGAUAUCCCCCGCCCCGGCUACGAGCACCUGAACCGCCUGAUUGCUCAGGUGGUCAGCUCCAUCACUUCCAGUCUUCGCUUCGACGGUGCCUUGAACGUCGAUCUGAACGAGUUCCAGACCAACUUGGUGCCCUUCCCGCGUAUCCACUACCCUCUCAUCUCGUACGCUCCCGUGGUUUCGAGCAACCGUAGCUCGCACGAAAGCUUCAAGGUCCAAGACCUCACCUUCCAGUGCUUUGAGCCCAACAACCAAAUGGUGGUUUGCGAUCCUCGCAACGGCAAGUACAUGGCUGUUGCCCUACUGUACCGUGGUGAUGUUGUUCCCCGUGACUGCACCCAGGCCAUCGCCUCGCUCAAGGCCAAGGCUUCCUUCAACCUGGUCGAAUGGUGCCCGACAGGAUUCAAGCUCGGAAUCAACUACCAAAAGCCCGUCCGCGUCCCCGACAGCGAGCUGGCCCCCGUGGACCGCUCCGUCAGCAUGCUUUCCAACACCACUGCCAUUGCCGAAGCCUGGAGCCGUCUCGAUCACAAGUUCGAUCUCAUGUACUCCAAGCGUGCUUUCGUGCACUGGUACGUGGGCGAGGGUAUGGAGGAAGGUGAGUUCUCGGAAGCCCGUGAGGACUUGGCUGCUCUGGAGAAGGACUAUGAGGAGGUUGCCAGCGACGGCCUGGAGGCGGACAUUGAAGAGGGCGAAUACUAAUUGGUCACUCUGUGUGUGUGUGUGUGUGUGUGUUGGUUGGUUCGAUUCUGGGUAUGCCUGAUCUGAUGUCUCCUCUGUCUUUUGUGUCCUGCCUCUUUGUCAAAAUUAAAUGUAUCUCAUUCUUCUGCUGUUAUGCGACAACCCCUCUCUUUUUUUUUUUUCUUUCCUUUU